AUGUUGUUUUUGUGUGUACAUAUCUAUCUUCUCUAUCUAUCUAUCUAUCUAUCUAUCUAUCUAUCUAUCUAUCUAUCUAUCUAUCUAUCUGUAGUAGGAGAGGCAGCCGUUUUCAUACGGAGAGAUGUCCGAAAGAACAACACCGGAAGCCCAUUCAUGAAAUGGAAAAAUUAUCUUUCCCCAAAUCUAUCUAUCUAUCUAUCUAUCUAUCUAUCUAUCUAUCUAUCUAUCUAUCUAAAGCUUGUUCAUGAUCUAUCUAUCUAUCUAUCUAUCGAUCGAUCUUUAAAAGCGCUUAUAUCUAUCUAUCUAUCUAUCUAUCUAUCUAUCUAUCUAUCUAUCUAUCUAUCUAUCACAAUGUAUGCAUAUCUAUCUAUCUAUCUAUCUAUCUAUCUAUCUAUCUAUCUAUCUAUCUAUCUAUUUAUCUAUCUAUCUAUCUAUCUAUCACAAUGUAUGCAUAUCUAUCUAUCUAUCUAUCUAUCUAUAGAAGAGCUCAUAUCUAUCUAUCUAUCUAUCUAUCUAUCUAUAGAAGAGCUCAUAUCUAUCUAUCUAUCUAUCUAUCUAUCUAUCUAUCUAUCUAUCUAUCACAAUCGCUUAUAUCUAUCUAUCUAUCUAUCUAUCUAUCUAUCUAUCUAUCUAUCUAUCGAAGAGCUCAUAUCUAUCUCUCUAUCUAUAUGUUUUUGGAUUUUCUUUAUUUGCAUACCAUUUUCUAUCGAUCGUUUCUGUGAACAUUCAUUUCCCUUGUUUCAUUCACUCUAUUUUUCUUUCAUUCUCUUUCUUGAUUUACUUUCUGCAUUCUUUACUGAUCGAGUAUUUUUUCCUCAGAAGGUUCCAAGCUCCUUACAGUAG